AGAAAAAUAAGCUUCCAGUUCAAAGAGCGAGAUGGAGAAUUGCAAAAGCAAAGCGUCGUCCGCCUGCCUUUCCCACCGCCCUUUCUCUGAUCUCCUCCAUUUACUGUCGUCUUCAGCACCGCCUUUCCCACCACCCUUUCGCUGAUCUCCUCCAUUUACUGUCGUCUUCAGCGCCGCCUUUCCCACCGCCUACAAACCUCCCGUAGAUGACGUUUGUUCCGCCCCUUCCGUCAAUUCUAAGUUGAGUUGUGUUGGUGCUGUUUGCUUUACAUGUUGCAGUUUGGUUCGAUUAGAAGAAGGGGCAUACACUAAAUUAGCAAUAGCAGAGCUCCUACCAUUACGGUUUCCAUGAGGAUGGUUUCAAGGGACACGUUUCUGCUUAUUCCGGCCCAUAAUCUUGACUAUCAACACAACAGAAUAUACUUUAUUCAUGCCAUAUGACCACAGAAAUACUACCCCGGAUGGAGCUUCUUCAGCUAAAAUGAAAGCAUUGGUGAAUGAUUUGAAUUAUCGGCACUUCCAAGGUCACUGCAUGACUGGUUCUGGGGGAGGCUCCGUUGGGUAUCUAGCACACGGUACUGCAACAGACUACAUUUAUGAGAUUGCAAAAGUUCCCAUGGCUUUCACUUUUGAGAUUUAUGGAGAUGAAUCUGCUUCAGAAUGUUUAACCCAACAGAUCAAACCACCUUUAAGAUAUGUAAUCAGUAUUGCAUUCAAAAGGCCAAACAGAAGUGCACAUUUUGGUUCCCCUUGAGCUUUCUCCGACGGUCAUGGCUAGGAAAUUUAACCAAGAGAAGAUAAUUUGUCGCAAGUAAGUCUCUUGAUGCGUUUUUAACAAGCUUUCUAUGGUGAUCGGCAAAUCAGUACUCCGCAACCAUUACUGAUUUGGUGAGCAGGUGUUGUUUUAAGCCGCUGCAUUGCUGAUGUUUAUUUGGCUAAUCAAUCACUCAUGGUUGCCUUUGCUUUUAAGGGAUGCGUGCACUAGAAGAAGCUAUUGUUAGGUUAUGAUUCAUAUGACAAUUCAUAAAUCAUGCGGAAAAACCAUUUAGCCAGGAAUACAUAUUAUUUACACAUAAUCAUAUAGCAUAAUUUAGAUGCAUACUCUUUGUUGCGUGCCUUCCCUAGCUGCGCCCGAACCGAACAAGAACAAGUCUUUAGGACUCCAAAUGUCGUCCCUCCGUAGAUAGUUCACAGCACGUCCGGAUCCGCCUU